CCUCACCACUCACUUUGCAACCACUCUCCAUCUCACACGCCGCAUCACACCGCACAAGCACAAACAAUGGUGUCCAUCCAGCGCUUGGUCGGACCAUCGAGGACAGUUGUCGCGGCCGUCGCACGCCGCCCAGCUGCCAGGCCACCAACCACCACCCUCUUCUGGGCCACACGACAGGCGCGUCGCGGCUACGCAUCCGAAGCCGAGGAGCCCUUCAACCCCGACGAGGUCGAGCGGGCCACUGACGAGGCCGAUGUGGUCAUUGUCGGCGGUGGUCCCGCCGGUCUGUCGGCUGCCAUCCGCCUCAAGCAGCUCGCCAACGAUGCUGGCAACGAGGAGUUCCGUGUCAUUGUCCUUGAGAAGGCCUCGGAGCCCGGAAACCACAUUCUCUCCGGUGCUGUUCUUGAGCCCAAGGCGCUCAACGAGCUCAUUCCCAACUGGGAGGAGCUCGGCGCGCCCCUCAACCAGCCCGCGCUCAAGGACUCGAUGAAGUUCCUCACCAAGGGCAUGUCGAUCCCCAUGCCUCACCCUCCUCAGAUGAGCAACCACGGCAACUACAUUGUCUCGCUCUCGCGUGUCGUUGCAUGGCUCGCCGAGCAGGCCGAGUCGCUUGGCGUCGAGGUCUACCCCGGUUUCGCUGGUGCCAAGGUCCUCUACACCGAGGACGGCAAGGGCAUCAAGGGUGUCGUUACUGGCGACGUUGGUCUUGACAAGAACUUCCAGCCCAAGGACUCUUACGAGCCUGGUAUGGAGUUCCACGCCAAGGUCACCCUCAUUGCCGAGGGUGCCCACGGCUCCCUCUCCAAGGAGAUCCAGAACAAGUUCAACCUUCGCGAGGGCAAGGACCCCCAGACUUACGGUCUCGGUGUCAAGGAGGUCUGGAAGGUCAAGGACGAGAACUAUGAGCCCGGAAAGAUUGUCCACACCAUGGGCUGGCCCUUGACCGCCAAGACGUACGGUGGUUCGUUCCUCUACCACAUGGAGGACAACAUGGUCACUCUUGGUCUUGUCGUCGGUCUCGACUACGAGAACCCCUACAUCUCGCCCUUCCGCGAGUUCCAGCGCAUGAAGCACCACCCCGAGAUCGCCAAGGUCCUCGAGGGCGGUGAGUGCAUUGCCUACGGUGCGCGUGCCCUCAACGAGGGUGGUCUCCAGUCGAUCCCCAAGCUCUUCUUCCCUGGCGGUGCCCUCAUCGGCUGCUCGGCCGGUUUCCUCAACGUGCCCAAGAUCAAGGGUACCCACAACGCCAUGAAGACGGGUAUGCUCGCCGCCGAGGAGGCGUACAAGCAGAUCACUGAGCGCGGAGAGUCCGAGUCGGAGGAGCCCAUCGACAUGUCGGGCUACGAGAAGGCCUUUGAGAACUCGUGGGUGUACGACGAGCUCAAGGAGGUCCGCAACCUCCGCCCCUCGUUCCACAACCCUCUCGGCAUCUGGGGUGGCAUGGCCUACUCUGGUCUCGACUCGAUGAUCCUCAAGGGCCGCGUGCCCUGGACGUUCCACCACCCCAAGGAGGACUACGCCGCGACUGGCAAGGCUGCCAACUUCCAGGAAAUCGACUACCCCAAGCCCGACGGCAAGCUUUCGUUUGACAUUCUGACCUCGGUCGCCCGUACCGGCACCAACCACGCCGAGAACCAGCCCGUCCACCUCCGUCUUCCCAACACCCCCGGCGCCCGCGCCAAGCACACCGAGGUCAACGUGACCGAGUACGCUGGUCUCCUCGGCCGUGUCUGCCCCGCCGCCGUCUACGAGUACCAGGACGCCGAGGGCGCCGAGGUCGACGCCGUUGGCAAGAAGUUUGUUAUCAACUCCCAAAACUGCAUUCACUGCAAGACUUGCUCCAUCAAGACCCCCACGCAGGACAUUACCUGGACUGUUCCCGAGGGUGGCGGUGGCCCCAAGUACACCAUCACCUAGAUUGUCCCCCGAUGUGUCUUGAGUUGUCAGCAUGUCUAUUAUUGUGCAUAUGUUAGCUUAGCAGUUCGA